AUGUCCACGAAAAAAAGAACUCUACCGCGUCGAACGCAAGAGUUCGAUGUGUCCGUACCGCAGUCGUCGGUUAAAAAGCCACCAAACCGCGUCAGUCGAAUUGCACAACCGAUACGCAAAUCUGCUAAACCUGGAGGUCUUUUUGGUGAAAAUCGUCGGUCCCGGUCGAUGGACCGAGGCUUGAAUCUGAUUGUACCCGGUGUAUCCGUCCCGACGACUGCUUCGAAGAAAUCACUCAAUCCGCGCAGCAGCAGCGCUACACCACAGCUUAGGACUCCGCUGCGUAGCGUGGGCCUCUAUGCCAACAGUGGUAACGCUGAGACCGUCCCCUCCACGGUGGAACGCGAGCGGUUUACUGCUGAAGGGCACAAAGUGUUCGAGUAUCUGGCACAGUCCGAAAUACCAGAGUUGGCGAAGGAAUUUAUCGAACGCGGCAGCCUCCGGUCGAUGUCGAUGAAACAGUUUCUCAUCAUCGUGGCUCACCUGUUGCGCCAGAUCGGCGGUAGCCGGUACAAGAUAGGUUCCAACUUUAUCGAGGACAUCAUGCGUGCAAUCACCGAGCUGCAGUGUCCAUUCACGGUCAACAAGUCGAUGCUGAAAACACCGAGCGCGCCGCACUCGCUCGGCCAGAUUACGCUGAUGCUAACGUGGCUUAUUCAACUGGCACCUAAGCCUCCCGGUGCCAAUGAAACCGAGUGGGCCCCGACGUAUCUACAGGCGGAAGAGUUUCCGACGGCGGACUUUACACGGUUCUUCUUUCAAUCCGCGAUCGAUAGCUUCCACCUAUGGAAUCUGAAGCGCGAGGAAGAGUUCGGAGCAAAGGUGGACGCAAUGGUCGAUCAGCUAGUGGCAUGUCGAACGGAUGGGCUCACGACGUCCCAGGUACUACAACGAACCGAACAGAUAAAACAACAGCUCGAUGCAUUCGGAACCGAGCAGGUCGCGGUGCAUACGCGCGAUCACAGCUUCGACGGAGUGCAGCGUGAGGUAGCCGAACGGCAACGCGAGCAGCAGCGGCUCGCAGAAGAGGUGAAGCAGCUUACCAAGGAACUCGGCAAAUGCGAGCAACAGUAUCAUCGACGCCAAAAGGAGUACUUCGAAUGUGAGAACGCUAUCCGUCGGCUAGAGCAGGAGCUGGCCAGUCAGCAGCUUACGGUCGAGGAGCGCGAUGAAAUCUAUCGUUCGAUGGCGCUCACAAAGAAUCUCAUCACGGCGAAGCAAAAUGCGGUGAUGCGGUUACAGGAAACGUCGUCCGAUCUGCAGAUUCAGUUGUCGCAUCUCAUCAAGCACAAAAUCAAUGGACUAUCCGAGCUGAACACUCAGCUACACAACUGGGCCAACGCACUUCGGCCCGACAUUCAGUUUCAACCGUUCGACAUUAACCAUUUGCUCGAGAGUCAGCCGGCGGAACUAGCACAAGCACUGACCAUGGUCGAGCGGCAGCUGAGCGCUGUGUUUCAGCAAUGCCGUGAUCUAUACCGUAAGCUUAGCGAGGAAAAGAGCUUACUUGAGAGCAAACUGGCCGAUGCUCAGCUCAUUCUGCAUCCGCUGGACGCUAGAGUUACCGAGUUGAAGAAACGGCUGGAGAAGCUUCAGAAAGAGCGAGAUCAAAUCACCCAGGCUCUAGGCGGCCUGGCGUCGCGAUCUAACGCCGCCGAGGCCAAGCGCGAACAGGAGCAGGAACUGCUGCGUGCAAUCGAGAACACGAGGGACGAGGUAGAGCGGAACAAGAAAGCGAUCGUGAAGCUGGGCCACGAUAAACAGCAGGUAAUGCGCGACUGUCUGGAACGGUGUCGAGUGGCACAGGAGAAGAAAGAACGCAAGUUGGCUGCCCUCCGGGAGUACGUAGAGUCCGGCGAAGCUAUUAUGGAGAAGAUUGUCGAUAGUCUCGGAGUAGAUUCCGUGCCGCAGUAAUCCGUCGAUACAGAUGUGUUGAGGGUAAAGUUAAGGAUACUUUAUGUAAAUAUGUUUCUGUUUUGCAAUCUAUGUGCUCUCUGA